AAGGGUCAGGGUGGGAGUGGUCUGACGGUGGCUUAGAAAACCUCAACUGCUCUAAAUUUGAUGCAGCGUCAGUUAAGACCUGCACACAGUAGUCCACAGUUCACCUUGUUCAUCAGCCCACAAGACCAGUUGCUUCCAGACAGCCACGACGUGGUAGCUGUCACUGAAGAUGGAGAGUAAGAGCGUCAGAUUAGAGCCGGGUACCAAAGAGCAAUCUACCGGCGCGGGUCCGCCAACGGCCGAACAACUGGCAGCUAUAGAAGACGAAGAAAUCCUAAAUAAUAUGCUAGAUAAGGCUGUGGAUUUUGAGGAGAGGAAAAUGAUCCGGGCUGCCAUGAGAGAGCUGCUCAAGAGGAAGAGGGAGCGGCGAGAUAGGGAACGGGCGGCCCGAAUGGAGAGCUUGCAUCAACGGAGCGCCGGAAGCAAAACAGUUGCUGGACUGAAUAAAGACCAGAAGCCUGAUGCUAACGGGACGAGAGGCGUGCAAUACAACGUACACAGGGCACCUCAAGCAAAAAUAUUUUCAUCCCCGCAAUCCUCUCCUUCCACUACUAAAACUGUGGGCAGCCCGGCGCAGUCACACAUGGCCAGGGUCAAAGUGCAAUGCGGCUCGGCAGUCGGGGGCCCAAACACCAAAGACGUCAAACAGAUGCUGCUGGAUUGGUGCCGGGCCAAGACUGAACCGUAUGAGGGUGUGAACAUCCAAAAUUUCUCCUCUAGCUGGGCAGACGGUUUGGCAUUCUGUGCGCUGGUACACAGGUUCUUCCCUGAGGGGUUUGAAUACUGCACCCUUGACCCUUACGACCGCAAGGCCAACUUUGAGAAGGCAUUCAAGACUGCAGAGACACUUGCUGACUGUCCGCGACUGCUAGACGUCGACGACUUGAUGCGAAUGCGACAGCCCGACUGGAAAUGCGUGUACACGUAUAUCCAAGAGUUCUACCGCUGCCUGGUAGAAAAAGGCCUUGUCAAGACCAAAAAGAAGACGCCAUAGAAACGUACAUUCGCACACUGAACGAUUUACUGUAAAUGACAAAAUGACUAUAGCAGACACACAAACCAAAGAUAUGAUCAGUCUUAUAAAUUCACAAUCCUCUGUAUUUCACGUAUGUGCGCUGAGGAUUAUAACCUGUGUGUUAGUGUGUUUAGCGUAACGGUUUGGUUGGAGCUUUGAAGCAAUGCAUUCCAGUGAGAUUACACGUGCAUUAAUCUCUCUGUACACUCAGAGAUUGUGUGAAAGCAUAUGAGUGUGUGUGUGUGUAUGCAUGGAUGGCUUUUUAUGGUGCUGUAACUCCCUGUUUUGAAUGCACUCCAACACGAAGCCAUCAGGCUUAUAAGGUAAUGUGAUUUAAUGUGGAACUAUGCUUAGCCCAGAUUUAUCGCUUGUUUGAAAAUAUAGACGGGGCACUUUUGCUAUUAUAUCCAAAACCAAAACAAACUUUAAAAGCUUUUAAAAAUUAUUAUUGGAAUUGAAUACUGAUGGUAUUUGCUGAUUGGGUGAAGUUUAAAGAGUUAAAUGUUUGAAGUCUGUCAUGUAAGGCUGAAUAGGUUCAGUUUUACCAUUGAAGAACACUAUAGAAGAGCUAAAGUCCAAAAUAACCUUUCACUCAGGGAUGGACAGGUUUUCAGGGCCAGGUAUUAAGUCUUGUUUCAAAAGACCAAAGCUAAUUUUGUGUGUUUUCAAACCUUUUUGACGCUUCACAUGCUGCAUGGCUAUUCAUGUAAGUUCACAGAUAUUGAUGUUGAAUAUAUGCAUUGUAUAGAUAGUAUAGUCUUUAGUGCAUUAUUAAGUUAUAAAAACAAAAGUUGUAGUCAAUUUGCAUUAUUGAUUUGGUUUGAUUAAAUUAUUGUUCUCUUUUUCAUUUCAUAAUUAAGUUUUUGGCAAGUAUUAUUAAAAUUGAUAUGCUGUA